UGUAAAUGCCAGGGCUGCUGGUGUUACCAAACUCUCUCACUUGUCCACCAUCACACUACUAAGGGCUUAACAUGCAGCUGGAACCUGUAAGAUGCCGGUGCUCGCUGCCUCUGUCCUGUCCUGUCCCCACCUGCACUCACAGGUGCUCGGCCCGGCCGGGAGCUGGGCCCUGCCCCGCCGCGCCUGCGGGCCGCCAGAGCCGCGGGCUCGUGUGGGGCCCUGAACCCCCUGAACCCCAAACUCCUGCUCCUGCACGGGUGACUCCAGGCAGCAAAGCUGCACUAGCCAACUUGUGUAUAGGAGACCAGAUCAUAGCCAUUGAUGGAGUGAACACAGACAACAUGACGCACCUGGAGGCGCAGAACAAAAUCAAGGGCUGCACAGAUGAACUGACUCUGACAGUCAGCAGGACGGAGGCAAAAGUCUGGUCACCACUUGUAAGCGAGGAGGGAAAGACACAUCCUUACAAGAUGAAUCUGGCCUCUGAGCCACAGCAGAGACCGACGCAGUUUCCGCGUGCGUUCAGCAUGACGUACCAGCCUGCUGGUCUGAACAGCCGCGCGUGGCCGGUGGGUGCGAUGCAGGCUCCCGUGGCCUCCGUGUAUGACCCUCUGCACAGCUCCGGGCUGCGGCGCGGCCACAGCCCCUCCUGCAGCCCCAGCCCCUCCUGCAGCCCCAGCCAGCUCCGAGUGGGGCCCCAGCAGCUGAAGCACGCAGCCCAGGUCUGCCCCAACAGCCCUGUGGAAGUGGAGGUGCCUGGACUCAAAGUGCUGCACGUGCAGUUCAAUUCUCCCCUGCAGCUCUAUUCGCAGAGCAACAUCAUGGACACCCUCCAGGGGCAGAUCUCUUCUGUUAGCCCUGAUUUCCCCAGUUUAGAUCAGCAUAACCAGGCCCCAGGCAACAUUGCUAUAGACAAACAAUCUGAGGUUUACAAGAUGCUGCAGGAGAAUCAGGAGUCAAAUGAGCCACCCAGACAGUCUGCUUCGUUUCUUGUGUUGCAAGAGAUCUUGGAGUCAGAGGAGAAGGGAGACCCUACCAAGCCAUCUGGAUUUAGGAGUGUCAAAGCCCCUACCACGAAGGUGGCAUCAUCGAUUGGGAAUGCCCAGAAGCUGCCCAUGUGUGACAAGUGUGGAACUGGCAUUGUAGGGAUGUUUGUGAAGAUCCGGGACAAGCAGCGCCACCCCGAGUGCUACGUGUGCAGCGACUGUGGCACCAACCUGAAGCAGAAGGGACACUUCUUUGUGGAAGACCAGAUCUACUGCGAGAAGCACGCGCGGGAGCGGGUGACUCCCCCGGAGGGCUACGAGGUGGUCACUGUUUUCCCCAAGUAAACGUGCAGCUCACAAAGCCAGCGGGGAUGAUUAUCCUCUGCUGACUUUCCUUGGAGAGCAUUAUCCCUACCCCCUGCAGAAUGUUGUUUGCAAUAAGGAAUGUUAGGCAUGGCUUUGAAUUUCCUUGUCAUUAUUAAUCCUCCAUCUGUUCACAUGAGAUGUCACUAAUUGUUCAACACUCUUUUCAUCCUCUCUUUCACUGUUUUUUUCUUUAAUACACAGAUUUAUUUUUUUUCCUUCAUUGUACUGUCAAUCACACAGGAAAAUCAGAGGCCAAAGUCAACUUACAACUGAUUACAACUUUUCUGUGUUCUAGUUAUUUGCCAUCUGUUUGCCUUCAAUAAAGGGGGUGAGU